UAUACAGCUUCGUCAUACCAGCUUGGGAUGGGCUCCCCACAUGAAAACGAAAGGAUCACUUCCCUGUAAACAGUGGUAGUGUAGUAUUCGUUUAUAACGCAUUGUGCUUUCUCCAACACAUUCCUUGGACGCCAUUUCAGAUGAGAUGAUACUAUGUGACUACUGCGGUGAUGACAUCUCACCAGCGACUAACGGGCAUAAAACAGCAGAUAAGAUAUACCAUCAAGAAUGUUUCAAACAUUAUAUUUCAGUCACCAUAUCCCGAGAGGAAAACGUGCUCUUGAUCUCUUCAGAAAAGAUUCUUCACAAUCUAAUGUUUUUCUGACAGCAAUACAUGUCAACUAUUUAAACGGACUGAAAGGUGAAAACGCGGAACAAAAGAAACAGAAAAGGGUUAAGAGAGACAGCAAAGUAAAAGUGUUAUUGAAAGAAGUGACCGCCCUGCGCAAUUCAACCUCUGGUCAGAUCUUAAUACACCUUGUGGGUCGUGAACAGCAGGAUACAUUCAGCGGGGCCUUUGACGAGUUCAUUGAUGAAAAACUAUUGGGCUUAAUCCACGAUGGAAGUCUUUUCACUGACGUGUAUACGAAACAACCUAUGUGUGCAUAUGGUAAAGUUCUGCAGCAGCUGAAAGACAAGAAGGAAGACGAGUUGAAAACACUGACAGAGGGCCACAAGAAAGACUGUGAUCAACUGAUAGAACAAACGACGUUAGAGCUAGAAGUGAUACGACAGAAGCUACAACAAGAGGAAGUGGCAGAGUUUCAGAGCUUCACGGAUAUUAUAGUCCUUUCUGUAGAAGGGGGAGACUAUCUGACAACAACUGACUUUAAGACCAAGAUAGCCUUGGAUGAUCGAAUUAUCAACCCUUCGGAUCAGACUGUACUUACUUGUCUGAGAAAGAAGAAGCACUUUAGCGAAGUGUUUCAUAGACCAGAGCUAUAUUGGGACAUACACGAUCUACAGGAGAGCAGGUCAAUUCAAUUCAAAGGGUACUACCCAAAAUCAAACAGCAAUGAUGAAGACAUUCUAGAUUUCAUGUUUAAAGAACACAAGCUUCUGGAAUACGCAAGCGCAUUCACAAAGAACGAUAUAGGUGGAUCCUAUUUCGUUGGCGUAGCAGAGAGUGAUGUGUGCUUUGGAAGCAGUUGCUACAAGUCAAAGGCAUUUGCAAUUCAACAGGUGCCAAUCAGCAGGUGUGAAAAGCUUGCAGCUAACAUAAAGAGAACAUUCGAAGAAACAGUAUUGGUGUGCGACUAUUAUGGGAAUAAAAGACAUGAUGUGGAUUUAGUGAAGGUUGAAUUCCUUCACUCACUGACACGCACCGGGGCAGACAGUACAUUAAAUACGACAGGAGGAAACUUUGUAAUACAUGUAAACAUCAAACCAGUCAGUGGGAUCGUGUUCUAUGACAGACAAGGACCAUUAGCCUACAGAAUAGUCAACAACACUGUCACAACAUACACGCUCGAGGAGUGGUUCCGGGCAAUUGCUGCGUCAUCCCAGGUUUUCUCUCCUUAACAAUACUGCAUAGAUCAGCAAGUCAACUGGUCAGAUAAUGGCGAAACUUGAGGGAAAAGUGAAGACAGAGGAGGAAAACGAAUUUCAUUUGACCAGUAAAGAUUUUCUUCGCCCUCCUUUGAAACAAAUAGGAAGAAGCAUUGCUGAAAUCAAAAGUUACUUUGGGAAGCAAGGUAUCAUCAACAUUGUGCCAUCCAGACCGAACGAAGAUCUGGUAAACAUUAAUGAUGAUUUGGUGUCACGAAUUAGAGGGGAUGGAUUUCUAUUCAAGGAAAACAUAGUGAAAGGUGCAAGUUCUGAAACAUGCAAGGACACAUCUGGCCUUGUACUGUUGACAAAAUCCGCUGUGCCAACAUUCAACUUACCUACGUUGCCACGAACAUUGCCACAACAAUGUGAUAUUUUCGUGGCAGUGCCCCAACAACCCCCUUUGUUGCUUACAGUUGUUGGGGCUUUUCCGGAGACAAAGGAUGUGAGGGAUUACAAUGCGCAUUUAACCAGAGAAGUGACUGCUAAGUUGCGGUUGUUUACGAGUGAGAGUUUUAACAUUGUACAUGGGAUAAUCUGUAGAAACGAUCUGAAAGAUAGUGGAUUGUUCCAGACGAGGUUGCGAAUACACGCAAUGUUAUCUUCGUUCUUCCUUCCACAGUCUUCAUUCUCAAUGAACCGAAAGAAGUAUGAUCAAGUUGUGACUGCGUUUUGGGCAGUUAUUGCUGAAACAAAGUCAGUAUUCACAGAAAAUGGGGAUCCUAAUGACAUGGUCAUAAGGUUUCUCACUAAAGAACAGUGUCUCGUCUUGGUGGAGAACAUGAACAAUAACCAUGUCCAGGUGAGAUGUGAAACAGGCAGUGGCGCUACGACACUGAUGCUUGAGGUGGCCAGGAGACUGAGCAGGCUGGGGGAAACUCUCCUGGUGUGUAGGUCCAAGGAGGAAAGGGACCGACUGAGGUCAGUGCACCCAUCAACAAUAUCACUGUACGAUGUUGGGAAUUGUGAUCUGUCUAAGUUUGAGAACGUUGUCCACGACACUCAUGCUAUAUUGCAUGAAACAAGUGGUCGUCACUGGCAGUUUUUAAGAGAUCCAAGUACUGCAGACCUGAAGAAGAGUUUGGCUUCUGUAGAGACGGUUGUAAAUGCGAUGGACAGUCAACUGGAGGCAAUGAAAAGUGAGGAGUGGAAACAAAAGAUGAAUUACAUGCAGUCUGAAAUGGAUGUUCUCAGAUUAUUCCAUCAACUAACAGGCUCUCAUGUCCUCAACACUAUCAGCCACAAAAUGAAUAUGCUACCUGAAAAGUCUUCAAAAGACAACAUUUCACUCCCAUCACUGGACCUUGCUCUGGAGCCGGAUGUACAGGAACCUCAUCUGGUGAAGUUUAUGGAAGGAAUACAACAUCAAAAGGACCCUUUCCCUAUUCUGAGACUGGCCGUCAUUGAAGGGAAGACUAAGCUGAUGUACCUCACAGCCAAAACGACUUUCUUGGAAAAGGCUACCGAAGCUUCUGGGGAUACACAUCAUACAAAGGAGGAGGAGUCACUACAAGAGAAAAACCAGAGCAAAAACGUACAACAGUGUCUAAACACCAGGAAAGCAGAGGAGAGGGAAAAACAGAGGAAGAAACAGAAGCACAAGAAGAAACACCCUCAGAAGCCGAGGCACAGACGCAGCUCCAAAGAAGAGGAUGAAAACUGUGCUUCGCCUGACGUAUCUAAACAACAUCCCCCAGCUAUUUCAGAAACGCAGGGUCAACUUCAGAACACAGGAGCGGACGAAAGACAAUGGUCAUUUGAUGGAACUGACAAACUCAAAGAAAGAUUGGAGAGUCUUGAGAGGGCAAGGGAUGAAAACAUAAGGCAACUGGUUCCUCUUCUCAGUGUUGAGUGGCAGAACACACUGGGCUUCCUGAAAAGAAAUACGGUCACGCUAUCCUGGUUUGGCGAAGACACGAAAAGAUUCGAUUAUGAUCAGCUAGACCGACAUGGCCCUCUGGUGCACGAAACACAUUCUGACCAGGAAGAUCAGGAAGGUCCACAAAUUGACACUAAAAGCAAGAAAGGAUUCCAUUCAGAUACAAAAGAGGUUGCAGUGCCAAAGGGCCAUGACAGCACAAGAUCACCAUUCAGUUCACGAGUCAUUGGGCAACAACGUUGCAAGCAUGACAGUCCAGUUCAUCAGCUCAGGAAUUUUCAGUUGGGAAGACUGGAUGUUAUGUGCAUUUAUAAAAUGCUGGGACGGAUGACAACCGCGGUUAAUACUAGCAUAGCUUAUCUACAAGACAAAAGUGGACAUAUGGAGAAAGCUUUUGGCUGUCCUCUUCACCUUGUGGGAGAACUGGAUUCGACCCAGUGUUAUCCUGUUUCAUGUCCUGUACUUUUUCUUGACGCCCAGCGGGUCAACCAAAGAAGAUGGCAUGUCACUUCAGAUGGAAAGUUAGUGAAUGCACCACCAUCAACACAACGCAAGGAUAACACUGGAUUAGAGGAAUAUAGUGGCACUUGCAGCCAUAUUCCUAUUCUGCUUCCUCCAGAUCUCCUCACAACAACAUCUGUCGGCAUCCCUCAUACAGCCCAAUACUGGGAGACACAUUCUCAUGUGGGAAUUGUCGGGGGACAGGGGUGGCCGCCGAUCCUGGAGAUGGGUCUCUCCGAGGCAGGACUGGUUGACAGCAGGACCUGGGUUUGUAAUCAGCCUCGCUCCUGGUGCGUCGCUGUAUGGAGAUGUAAGAAACAUGGCGGAAAGAUAUGUACCCGAACGUAUGAGGAAGGGGAUUUUGGAGGCUGUAUGAGUGACACAAUGUCUGACAUUCCCGGCACACAGGCCACCCUCCACUAUGGCCUUGUGCUUGAUGUGGGGAGAGGGAGACUCGCAUUCAUUGAUUUGAACAGGAAGGUUGUUUUGGCAAAGUAUGAUGUUCAAUUUCGGGACACCCUUUACCCCAUGUUUGGUGUCUGGCGAAGGUCUGAAGAUUUUUCAGUAGCGCUGAAACUGAUCAGCGGGGUUGACGUCACAAUGUCCGACACAAAGAGGACUCUUAUUUGCCAAAGUCUCCAGUAGCAGAGAAACCUUGCUUAAAUCACUCAAACAACUGAUUGUUUACUCUAUGCAAUCUUAUCAAAAUAUUUUAAACGGCAACGCCAGAGAAUGACCAGUCUUGAUUAUCCACCGAAACACACUCCAUUGUGCGUGAAAGGGAAUAUUGCGGUGAUAACUUAUAGCAAUGGAUCACUGAAAAUCAGUGAUGACACAAGGUGUUAACGAAAAGGGUGAGCAUGUCCUACUGGCAGCACCCGUCACUCACUCCAAAAACAUUGUCCAGGAACAGUCUUGCAAUUGUUCAGUAUAACAGUAGAACGAUUACAUAUAUGCAAUCCUGUCUUGUGAGUGUAAUUUUACGUCCAAGUUGUCAGAUUGUGUUUACUGUAAUGUAGGCAAAUAUGAAUCUGAAGGACAGACAGACAGUCUGUCACAGACAGACAGACAGUUGAUGUUCCCAGGGACAUCAUAACCCGAAAGAAGCUACAACAUAUAGGUGUCCGAGAAAAAUCAUAAUGCAACAAAUGUCUGCUUUGACUGAGCGUUACUUAUCUUUACCAUUGUAUACGUUCAAUUAUUGUUUUUGUGAGGAAAUCUACUUUCCGGUUCAAGUAGAAAUAUUCUUCCAAAGUAUGUGAUAUUUAAUGUUAAUACGCACAAUGAUGUAUUUUCAUUUAAAUAUCACUUAUUCAUUAUAUUCAUCAAUUUUGGUAUCUGUCGUACAGCCCUUGCUGUAAAAGUUUGAGUGUUGUACUUUUAUUUCGUUGGCAUUUAUGAUAGAUGAAACAUGUUGACGAAAAAUCUUAAUUUUAAGCCAUUGUGUUUAAUCACUUAGAUGAGUUCAUACCAAUGUGUUAUUGUCACAUGAAUACAUUUGUUAAAAUGAUGCUUCAUUUAAGUUAAAAUUUAUUUCAUUGUACUAAAGUUUGCGAAAUGAUAGUGUUAUGUGUGAAUGAGUAUGUGUGUAGGGAUUCAUUUGAAGAUUCAUUUACGUUCAAAUUUCUUCUGUUAAGGUCCAUCGCAUCUUCAGCAGCUUUAACCAAAGGUCUAAUAAUGUCUUGGUAACAUUGUCUCUUGAAAAUGAAUUGUUGUGUAUUGCUUCGUUCAAGAUAUUCCAUUAAAAGAGUCUGUAAUUGC